CCAUUUUUUUUCAAUAGUGAAUUCGGUGGAAAAUUAUUGUACCGGAUAAUUAAUUCGUUGAAAAAAUAUUUGGCCUUUUUCUGAUUUCUGAAAUUUAAUUAAUUGAAUACAUUAUUUGAAGAAGAAAAAAAAAUGAGCGAUAACGAAGGACCUGUUGUAACUGAUUCGGCUGGUACCAUCCAAGAUGAUAUGAUGGAUGGCGAUAACAAACAGUAUCGAUACAAUGAUCGUCAACGUGGUGGUGGAGGAGGUGGCUAUGGACGUAGCAAUAAUCGUUGUUUCAAUUGUGGACAACAUGGACAUUUGUCAUAUGAUUGUCGUAAAUCACAAAUGAAUUCUGGUUAUGGUGGUGGUGGUGGUGGAAGAGAUGGUGGAAAUGGUAUGACUUACCGUUCACGAAACGGUCAACGUUGCUAUAAUUGUCAACGUGAAGGACAUAUUAGUCGCGAUUGUACACAACCACCAGGUGCUAAAACCUGUUACAAUUGUGGUAUGGAAGGCCAUCUUAGUCGUGAUUGUUCAGAACCACGUAAAGAACGUGCCAAGAGUUGUUUCAAUUGUAACGAAGUUGGUCACAUUGCUGCUCAAUGUCCAAAUCGUCAAUAAAUGAAUGCAACCACACACACACAUCACCAUAAACAUCUAAUCAUAAAUGAUUAUGAUGUAAAAAAAAUGAGAAGAAUAUAAAUGAAAAUAUCCCAAUAUAUAUCAUCAUUCACAAUUUUGAUUUAAAUAAAACACAAAACAAAAAAAAAAUCGUUGAUGUAACCACAGUUGUACAUCCAUUGACACACACACAAGCACACAGACACUUUUUCAUUUUUCAAUUACAAUUUCUAAAAAAAA